GACCCUCAGCUCCCCCACUCAGGCCACACCAGUGGCCUUAGGAAGAGCCUGGACAUCCUGGGGCCACACUUCUAGGCAGGGAGGGUCCGCUCAGGCUUGGGGAGAAAGCGGGACCAGAUCACAGACAGCGCUGGAGAUUCGGCUCUGCAGGCUCCAGGACCCCUCCUCGCCGCAUCUUCCCGAGUGGUCCACGGAUGCUCUUCCGCAGCCGAAGGGCGGCGCGGCCCUUGCUGCUCGGCCACUCCCCCCACACUGAGGCCUAGGACUCCCCACACCCCCAGCGCAGCCCCUAGGGCCCCCGCCCUGCUGCGCGGCCCUAGCCCCUCGCACGAACCCCACUCCUCAACCCGCGACCCCGCACAGUCCCCCUCACCCUCGGCUGGCCCUGAGCCCUCCCGGCCCUCGCCUCCGGCGCAGCCCCCUUGCCACCCCCGCUUCCCUCCCGGCUCAGGCCCCCUCCCCCCGCCGCCCCCGCCCCCGGGGAAGGCAGGCGCCGAGCGGAGCCGGGGCCGAUGCAGCUGAGCCGCGCCGCCACCGCCGCCGCUGUCGCCCCUGCGGAGCCCUCGGCGCCGCUGUCCCCCGCGCCGGCCCCGGCCCCGGCCCCCCCCGGCCCCCUCCCGCACAGCGCGGCCGACGGGGCUCCGGCGGGGGGUCAGGGGGGGCCGGGUCGCCGCGAGGAGCCCCAGUGCGCCCAGCUCGCGGCCGCGAGCGGCCCCAGCCCGGGCGCGGGGAUGGAUGGCCCCGGGGCCAGCGCCGUGGUUGUGCGCGUCGGCAUCCCGGACCUGCAGCAGACGAAGUGCCUGCGCCUGGACCCGGCCGCGCCGGUGUGGGCCGCCAAGCAGCGCGUGCUCUGCGCCCUCAACCACAGCCUCCAGGACGCGCUCAACUACGGGCUCUUUCAACCGCCCUCCCGGGGCCGCGCCGGCAAGUUCCUGGACGAGGAGCGGCUCCUGCAGGAAUACCCGCCCAACCUGGACACGCCCCUGCCCUACCUGGAGUUUCGAUACAAGAGGAGAGUUUAUGCCCAGAACCUCAUUGAUGAUAAGCAGUUUGCAAAGCUUCACACAAAGGCGAACCUGAAGAAGUUCAUGGAAUAUGUGCAGCUGCACAGCACGGACAAGGUGGCCCGCCUGCUGGACAAGGGGCUGGACCCCAAUUUCCACGAUCCUGACUCAGGAGAGUGUCCCCUGAGUCUCGCGGCCCAGCUGGACGAUGCCGCGGACCUGCUGAAGGUGCUGCGGAACGGUGGUGCUCACCUGGACUUCCGCACUCGCGACGGCCUCACCGCGGUGCACUGCGCCACCCGCCAGCGGAAUGCGGCGGCUUUGACGACCCUGCUGGACCUGGGUGCCUCACCUGACUACAAGGACAGCCGCGGCCUGACGCCCCUGUACCACAGCGCCCUGGGUGGGGGGGACGCCCUCUGCUGUGAGCUGCUUCUGCACGACCAUGCUCAGCUGGGGACCACGGAUGAGAACGGCUGGCAGGAGGUCCACCAGGCCUGCCGCUUUGGGCACGUGCAGCACCUGGAGCACCUGCUGUUCUAUGGAGCCGACAUGGGGGCCCAGAACGCCUCGGGGAACACAGCCCUGCACAUCUGCGCCCUCUACAACCAGGAGAGCUGUGCCCGUGUCCUGCUUUUCCGUGGAGCCAACAAGGAUGUCCGCAACUACAACAGCCAGACAGCCUUCCAGGUGGCCAUCAUAGCAGGGAACUUUGAGCUUGCGGAGGUCAUCAAGACCCACAAAGAUUCGGAUGUUGUACCAUUCAGGGAAACCCCCAGCUAUGCGAAGCGGCGGCGGCUGGCUGGCCCCAGCGGCCUGGCCUCUCCUCGGCCCCUGCAGCGCUCAGCCAGUGACAUCAACCUGAAGGGUGAGGUGCAGCCAGCAGCUUCUCCUGGACCUUCGCUGCGAAGCCUCCCCCACCAGCUGCUGCUCCAGCGGCUGCAGGAGGAGAAAGAACGGGACCGAGACGGUGACCAAGAGAAUGACGGCAGCGGCCCCGCAGCAGGCAGGGGCAGCCAGAGCAAGAUCAGCCCGAGCGGGCCCGGCGGCCCCGGCGGCCCGGGCCCCGCGCCCGGCCCCGGCCCGGCGCCCCCCGCGCCCCCCGCGCCGCCGCCACGGGGCCCGAAGCGGAAACUUUACAGCGCCGUCCCCGGCCGCAAGUUCAUCGCCGUGAAGGCGCACAGCCCGCAGGGCGAAGGCGAGAUCCCGCUGCACCGCGGCGAGGCCGUGAAGGUGCUCAGCAUUGGGGAGGGCGGUUUUUGGGAGGGGACCGUGAAAGGCCGCACGGGCUGGUUCCCGGCCGACUGCGUGGAGGAGGUGCAGAUGAGACAGUAUGACACGCGGCAUGCCCCUGCUCGACCUGCUCUUCGAUCCAUCUGUUCUUGGACUCACCCACCCAUCCUGCCAUCCAUCUCUUCAUCCAUCAACGCGCCUGGACGACCAGGCCGCCCAGCAGCUCCUUUUCAUCAUCUACCAUCCAGCCCCGACCUCCAGCCCACUCUCUUUCUCUCAUCUGGUUGUACAUCCAUUUACCCUGAAACCCGGGAGGACCGGACGAAACGACUUUUCCGCCACUACACAGUGGGCUCCUAUGACAGCCUCUCCGCACACAGCGAUUAUGUCAUUGACGACAAGGUGGCUAUCCUGCAGAAACGGGACCACGAGGGCUUUGGUUUUGUGCUCCGGGGGGCCAAAGCAGAGACGCCCAUCGAGGAGUUCACGCCCACGCCGGCCUUCCCCGCGCUCCAGUAUCUCGAGUCCGUGGAUGUGGAGGGUGUGGCCUGGAGGGCUGGGCUGCGGACGGGAGACUUCCUCAUCGAGGUGAACGGGGUGAACGUGGUGAAGGUCGGGCACAAGCAGGUGGUGGCUCUGAUCCGCCAGGGCGGGAACCGCCUCGUCAUGAAGGUGGUGUCGGUGACAAGGAAGCCAGAAGAAGAUGGGGCUCGGCGCAGAGCCCCGCCGCCCCCCAAGAGGGCCCCCAGCACCACGCUGACCCUGCGCUCCAAGUCCAUGACGGCGGAGCUCGAGGAGCUUGCCUCCAUUCGGAGAAGGAAAGGGGAGAAGCUGGAUGAGAUCCUGGCAGCUGCCACAGAGCCGACGCUGAGGCCGGACAUCGCCGAUGCUGACUCAAGAGCUGCCACCGUCAAACAGCGGCCCACGAGUCGGAGGAUCACCCCUGCUGAGAUCAGUUCAUUGUUUGAGCGCCAGGGCCUCCCGGGCCCAGAGAAGCUGCCAGGCUCCCUGCGGAAGGGGAUUCCACGGACCAAGUCUGUAGGAGAGGAUGAGAAGCUGGCGUCCCUGCUGGAGGGGCGCUUCCCGAGGAGUACGUCCAUGCAGGAUUCCGUGCGCGAGGGCCGUGGCAUCCCCCCGCCGCCGCAGACCGCGCCGCCACCGCCGCCCGCUCCCUACUACUUCGACUCCGGGCCGCCCCCCGCCUUCUCGCCGCCUCCGCCGCCGGGUCGCGCCUACGACACCGUGCGCUCCAGCUUCAAGCCCGGCCUGGAGGCGCGCCUGGGCGCGGGAGCCCCAGGCCUGUAUGAUUCCGGCGCGCCCCUGGGUCCGCUGCCCUACCCAGAACGGCAGAAGCGCGCGCGCUCCAUGAUCAUCCUUCAGGACUCGGCGCCCGAGGUGGGCGACGUCCCUCGGCCCCCGCCAGCCGCCACCCCGCCAGAGCGCCCCAAGCGCCGGCCGCGGCCACCGGGCCCCGACAGCCCCUACGCCAACCUUGGCGCCUUCAGCGCCAGCCUCUUCGCGCCGUCCAAACCUCAGCGCCGUAAAAGCCCGUUGGUGAAGCAGCUGCAGGUGGAAGAUGCGCAGGAGCGCGCGGCCCUGGCCGUGGGCAGCCCUGGCCCGGGCGGCGGCAGCUUCGCCCGUGAGCCCUCCCCGACGCACCGCGGGCCUCGGCCGAGCGGCCUCGACUACGGCCCCGGGGACAGCCCUGGGCUCGCGUUCGGCGGCCCAGCCCCGGCCAAGGACCGGCGGCUGGAGGAGCGGCGGCGCUCCACCGUGUUCCUGUCCGUGGGAGCCAUCGAGGGCAGCUCUCCGAGCGCAGACCUGCCCUCCCUGCAGCCUUCCCGCUCCAUCGACGAGCGCCUUCUGGGGCCCGGCACUACCACCACCGGCCGCGACCUGCUGCUGCCCUCCCCUGUCUCUGCUCUCAAGCCAUUGGUCAGCGGCCCGAGCCUUGGGCCUUCGGGCUCCACCUUCAUCCACCCGCUCACCGGCAAACCCCUGGACCCCAGCUCACCCUUGGCCCUUGCCCUGGCUGCCCGCGAGCGGGCUCUGGCCUCCCAGGCACCCUCCCGCUCCCCCACUCCUGUGCACAGCCCUGACGCCGACCGCCCUGGGCCAUUAUUUGUGGAUGUGCAGGCCCGUGACUCUGAGCGAGGGCCCCUGGCCUCCCCAGCCUUCUCCCCCAGGAGCCCAGCCUGGGUUCCUGUGCCUGCUCGCAGGGAGCCUGAGAAAGCUCCCCGGGAAGAGCGGAAGUCGCCGGAGGACAAGAAGUCCAUGAUCCUCAGCGUCUUGGACACGUCCCUGCAGCGGCCGGCCGGCCUCAUCGUCGUGCACGCUACCAGCAAUGGGCAGGAGCCCAGCGGGCUGGGGGCCGAAGAGGAGCACCCGGGCACCCCAGAGCUGACCCCAGCCCCCACACAGUCAGCAGUGGUGGCAGAGCCCCUGCCCAGCCCGCGCGUUCAGCCCCCUGGCAGUACCCCAGCAGACCCCGGGCCAGGCCAGGGCAGCUCAGAGGAGGAGCCAGAGCUGGUAUUCGCUGUGAACCUGCCGCCCGCCCAGCUUUCCUCCAGCGACGAGGAGACCAGAGAGGAGCUGGCCCGCAUCGGACUGGUGCCGCCUCCCGAAGAAUUUGCCAACGGGGUCCUGCUGGCCACCCCCCUCCCUGGCCCAGGUCCCUCGCCCACCACGGUGCCAGGCCCGGCCUCAGGGAAGCCGAGCAGCGAGCCGCCCCCUGCCCCCGAGUCUGCAGCGGAUUCGGGGGUGGAGGAGGCCGACACGCGCAGCUCCAGCGACCCCCACCUGGAGACAACGAGCACCAUCUCCACGGUGUCCAGCAUGUCCACCCUGAGCUCGGAGAGCGGGGAACUCACCGACACCCACACCUCCUUCGCCGACGGACAUACUUUUCUACUCGAGAAGCCACCAGUGCCUCCCAAGCCCAAGCUCAAGUCCCCGCUGGGGAAGGGGCCGGUGACCUUCAGGGACCCGCUGCUGAAGCAGUCCUCUGACAGCGAGCUCAUGGCCCAGCAGCACCAUGCCGCCUCCGCCGGGCUGGCCUCUGCUGCCGGGCCUGCUCGCCCUCGCUACCUCUUCCAGAGAAGGUCCAAGCUGUGGGGGGACCCCGUGGAGAGCCGGGGGCUCCCCGGGCCUGAAGACGACAAACCAACUGUGAUCAGUGAGCUCAGCUCCCGCCUGCAGCAGCUGAACAAAGACACCCGCUCCCUGGGGGAGGAGCCGGUUGGUGGCCUGGGCGGCCUGCUGGACCCUGCCAAGAAGUCGCCCAUCGCGGCAGCUCGGCCCAAGAGUGAGCCUCUUUCCCUCGGGAGUUCCUGCAACAUUCCAGCCUCCGAUUGGCUUCAUGUGGAUCCCCUGCUUCCCCUGAAGUGGUCACUGGGGUCAGGGAGCCGUAGGGUUGCCACUGGCCAGGCCUGAGCCAUAUGCUGUCCUAGGAGCCAGGGCCCGGGGUCAGCCCAGUGACUGGACACGGGCUGAGAGGGAGGGCGCCUUUCCCAAGGAAAGCUCAGGUACUGUUACCAGAGGUACCAGGUGCCGGGAAGCCUAAAACAAGAGCACCAGCUUUCGCAGCUCACUUUGUUCCUAGACAUUGGCUUGGGGCCAGCCCUCAGCAGAUGGCGUCUGACUUUGUGGUCUUGGACAAACCACUUGACCUCUGUGAACUUCAGGGCCUCCCCCGUUGAACGGUGAGGGUGACCUACAGCACCUGUGAGCACCAGGCACCCGGCCAGGCCCCUGGGUUGACUCGUCGCGUCCUCGUGGGAAAGUAAGAGGGCCGUGUGCACUAGAGAACAUCAAGUCAUGUUAUUUCAUCUUCACAGCCGUUCUGUUAGAUGGACAGUGAUAUAAUCUCCAUUUUCCAGACAAUAAAAUUAAGAUUCUAAAGAGAUCCAUUCUGGCCAGUAAAUGGUGCCAUCUGACCCCAAGCCCCGUUUUCUGUCCGCUGUAGUCCGGAGCCCCUGUUGCUAAUCCUCUUCUGCUGACAGACAGUGGCUUUAUGUGCAGUGAUUCCCCACACGGAGAUGCGCAUGUGUUCACCUGUAGACCAACACCCUGAUUUAUCAGUCAGGUGUGUAACAACGAGCACACGGAUCCUGCAAUCACUGGCACUUGAGUCCAGCCAGUGCCACCAGACUCAGGGUGCAGAGGGUCUGUGGCUAAAGGACACCAGAGCCUAGACCUGGCAGUCAGUGAGCAUGGUGGGCUCUGCUACAUUAAACCCACCAUCCGCGCUGCCUCUCCUUCCCCGCUCCCCUCUGCAUUCCCUUCUCUCCACGUCCUCAGGCCUGGGUGAAACCCUACCCUCUGCAGUGGACCCCAUUGACUACCCCAGGCCCUUUUCUUGUGGCUCCUGGCUGAGCAGGAGAUGCUGUGGGCACGUCCUGUCAGCCUUCCAUGUGGCCAGCAGGGCUGCUGGACAGCUCUUGUUUUGCAGCCAGCGCUGGCUAGAGUCUGGCACCCAUUUUUCGGGUGGUGAUAAAACUGCUAAUGAUACUGUCUCUUAGAUAAAUGUACGAAGUAUAGGAAGUUCUGAUGUCCAGGUAGGGCUGUUUCCUUCCCAGGCCUGGUCCUAGCAGAAGCGCUAGAGUACCUGCCACAGCCACUAGAUAGGUCACACCCCAAGCCUUGUCCCUGCCCCCCCUGCAGGUGUUCCCUCCCAGGCCUGCCCUUCUCCUCACCCAGCGGACACCACGAGAAAGGAGGUCCUCUCUCUGCCCACCUUGCUCACUGACUGCUAGGUCUAGGUUCUGGUGUCCUUUAGCCACACUCUGUAGCCUGAGCUCUAGUGAGGUCUCAGAAGGGGAAGGGGACGUUGCCACUUAUGUCAUGAACUUGAAGCUUGAUAACUUGUGGAAAUGCACCAGGGCCAACUGGAAAGCCCUUGGCCUUUGGCUUUUUGGAACUUUGAUCUCAGACCAUCCACCUGCUCUAUGCUUCUGGCUUUGGGUCCAGCUGCCUGGUAGACAGAACAUCUGUCUGCUCAGAGCCCCACGUCUGUUCUGGACAACCCCAUGGCCGGUUCUGAAUCUUACACGUGGUCUGAGCCACUCAGUCUUGCUGUGGCUCUCAGUUUUACAUUUGUUUGACCCUCAUAUCGGAUUUUACAGGAAAAGGUUCAUGAUGAAAUGAACGAAAGCUUUGACACAAAGUCAAAGAGGUCUCUUUCUUGCAGUACUUUUCAGAACCUUCUAUAUCCUUGUGUGUGGUAUCAGACAGCUUCUUUAGUAGAUCACUAAUUAGUUUCCCACCAAAGAUGCAUGAUCCUGUGAUGGUGGAGAAACCCUGCCAUGACCUACUGUGAGCCCUGUCCUGCCAGCGUGUCUGACUGCGACGUGGGUGAAGCUCCACGUGCCUGCAGGUGCCUCAAGCCAGCAGGGUUUGGUCUUCUGAAACGGACUGACACUGUGUGCCGGCCACUGCAGGGCAUGGGGCCAGGGUGUGCUGUGUCCUGGCGGGUCAGACAGCGUUGCGGAUGUGAAGUGUGUUCACAGGAGGCGAGAUCAGGGCUUCAGGAGCCCUGACCUCUGCUGGGGGAGCAGGAAGGGGUCACCAGGAAGGGGACAUAGGGGUAUUUGGAGUGCUUCAAGGUUAGAACCAUGAGCUGGUGUGUGCAGUGAGAAGUUCAAGGGCUGGAGUGACACACCAGGACCAAAGAGGGUGGGUGCUUCCGAGCCCAAAGCUAGUUUGUGCUCCCCUUGAGCAUUAUUCCCCGUCAUGAGGCGCUCAGACUGCAAAGGGCCACAGGCCUGGACCUGCCCUGUGUGAGUGCAGCGGCAGAAGCCUCCAGGCAGGGACCGGGGCCAGAGUGGGCUUUUCUGGCCUGUUGGUACCCCUGGGCUAAUAGGCAGUCAGGCCUGAGGAUGACACGUUAUAUUACUUUUUAUUUUAUGACAUUUUUUUCAGUACAAAUGGUGUUCCUGGCUUCGAGCUGGGUGCCAAGAGUCAAGGAGAACAAGUAGGAAAUGAGGGGACAGGUCCUGAGUAAGACCCUAACAAGUCUGGAGCCAGAGGAGGCCGGGCGAUGAGGGGAGUGGCCUGGGUUAAUGCUGGGGGUUGGGACCAACCUGGGGGAUGGGGCAAGGGGGAGCUGGAACAGCCGAUGUGGCUCCCAGGACCCUGGUGUGGGAAGGACUGGGGGGAAGGGAGCAUGUUUGGAGACCCCAGUAGAGGUCUGGGUCUCAGGUGAGACUGGCUGGGCCUCACAUGUGGCAUUUGUGGGCACAUCAGUCGCAGCAAAGGGUGGGAGUGGGUGACCCUGCCUGGGAGAAGGUUUGAACUAAGAGGGGAGCCCAUCUAGGAAGGAAGGGGAGAGAGGAAAGGCCGCCUCAGAAGGAAACAAGUGGACAGGUCAGCAAGAAGAGUCUGCUGACAGCCUUGGCAGCUGCAGGGGCAGGGUCGAGGCCCGACCUCACCAGCCGAGGAGCAAGAGAGGGCAAGAUUCAGACCCUGGUGGGAAAGGGGUUGCGGACUGUGGAGGCUCGUUGCUCUGUCUGGAGAAACUGCUGAAGGCACUCAGGGGUGAUGGUGCCUCGUGAGGUACUGUGUGUCAGAGGGUGGGUGGCUCAGAAGCCCCAUGGCAGCGGUUGUGAUGUGACCAUGCCGUCUGUGGUCAGGGCCUGGCACUGGUCAGACAGCUGUGAGCCGUUAUGGACAGUGAUGGGUGUGCAGAGGUGGUGUGGAAACGUGUGGACCUCGGCCGUGUACGCUGUCCGGGUACCUGGCCUGGGACAAUGCGGGCACAUCCCUGCUCCCCAAGAGGAAGGGGAGGAACAGACACCUGGCCCAUGGGCUCCCUGGCCAUGCCCUGCAUGCUCUGGAGCCUUCCCAAGGUUCUUCCAGGUCUCCGACCAUUUCUACUGGGCUUUGGGCAGCCCUGGGAGUGUGACUGGCCCUCCUCCCUGCACUCACCCCUGACACCAUCUCUAAGCUCUGGCAGGUGCCCCCCUUCCCACACCCAGUAUCUUCUCCUGGGAAGGUCUCCCUGGGUGCCAGCCUGCCGUCAUCCUAGGCCUUCAGCUCACCCUCUGCUGGGCAGGAGGGCUCCAGACCCUGCUUCAGGAGCCCUUUGGGGGUGGGGCCAUGCAGGACUCCAUCCUGAGAUGCAUGACCCCAGGCCAGGGUCUUUGCAUGAGGACCCCAGCUGUGGCGGGGGUAGGGGUGGGGUGGCAUCCUACUGAGCUCAAUUCCACAGGCCCUGUUCCCUCAGCAUCUCCCCCAGCACUAGCCCCUCUCCCUCUCCUGAGCAGUCAUUACCACCUGGGCACCCCCCCCCGCAUCUCCCCCCACCUGCCUUCCACUGCCACCCUCUACUUUGUCCUGAAACCCAGAUGGUACCAUAGAGGCCCCAAGUGGUGGGAGCAAGGAGGGCUUCUUCUGGUGUUUGGUGUUCCUCGAGCCCACCACCCCAGGUGUCCUUGCAGCUCUUUUCUGUCUGCGUGGAGGAGACACGGUCUGUCCUCUUCCAGAGGCUCCACUCUGGAUCUGAGCACUUGGGAGGAGCAGUAGGGACAGAGGCUGAGGGGAGGGAGCCAGUGGAAGGCGACAGAAACCAGGUCAAGUAGAAGGGACAGAGCUGGACCUCCAGGGGGAGGUUGACCUUGCACCUGUGCAGAGGCUGCACAGGUGAGAGAAGAAAGGACGAAACCUGCUUCCAGGGGAGGAAAGCUGCUCAGGUGCCCCAUGCACUGUGCGCAGUGCAGAGGUUGGUGGGAAAGCAGAGCAGAGGUCCUUGAGCCCUGUCCCUGCAGGGGCAGGGAGAGGGGGGUGAGAUGGCAGCCGGAGGGAGGCCUGUCAGACAGCGCAGUAUAAGGGGGCACAGAGCAUCCCCAAGUGCCAGGUGUCUGCCCAGCACUUGCCACACAGGGUUCCAGGUAAAGCCUGGGGAUGGGCAUGGCUGUGGUCUGCACUUCACAAGCCAGAGAACAGGUCGCAGGCAAACCAGGAGCCCACUCAGACCUGCAGAGUCUGGCCUGCACUUCCCUCCCCCAGCAGCCCCAGAUUCGUUCCGUUCCAUUGCACCCGGGCCCGUGCCUUGAGUUCCUCCCUCACUGGGUAGCUGGCCAGGGGCGGUGGCGGGGGUGGGGGGUGUCCCUGCACCUGGCUGCCCUUCCUGUGGUCAUGACUGUGGGCCACGUGCCUGCCUUGAGGGCCUGGGCCGCUAACACUCUCUCUCAUUGCUCUCUCCUGCCCAUCUGCAUGUGGCUGCUCUGUCUAGCUGCGCGGUGGCCCCGAGCACCGGCUGUGUAAGUGAGCAUGCCCAUCCCAUGCCUCUCACUGUCCACACGCUGCACCUGCCCACCUGGAUCUCUGCUCUGCGUGGCUUCAUGGGGCUUUGGUGCCACGGACAGCCC